AUGGGCCCCCGCCUGCUGCUGACACUGAUGCUGCUCCAGGCAGUUUGGAAAGGUGCUCUGGGAAAGUCCCAUUCACUGCACACUCGAGGAAUCAUUGAACUGGCUGGAGCAAUAACGUGUGGCACGGGACGGUCUCCCUUGGCAUAUAUUGGCUAUGGGUGCUACUGUGGACUGGGAGGAAGAGGUUGGCCUAGAGAUAAAACAGACUGGUGCUGCCACAGGCACGACUGCUGCUACGACACGGCAGAGAAGGAAGGCUGCAACCCCAAGGUGCAGCGCUACCAGUGGGUGUGUGAGCAGAACACCGUGCGGUGCGAUAACCUGACAGACCGAUGUGAAAAAAUGGUGUGCCUGUGUGACCAAGAAGCAGCCAAGUGCUGGGGAGCAGCACCAUACAAUCCACACUUCAUCCUCUGGCCAGACUUUUUAUGUGGACAGACUCAUCCCACCUGCCACGUCACAUAUGGGGGGCCAGAAUAG